AUGGUAGGGGCCUUCUUCUGUGGUCAAGAACUGCCAAGAUGCAUCACUCACACAAAUCUUUUGUUGAUUCAAAAAAAGGAGAAUAUAAACACCUUUGAUGAUCUGAGACCUAUCAGUCUAAGCAGUUUUUCUAAUAAAAUCAUCUCUAGCGUUCUACAUGAAAGAAUUGUUCCAUUGUUGCCUGCUAUAAUAUCAACCACUCAGACUAGUUUUGUUAAAGGUAGGAGCAUUAUGGAGAAUGUACUAUUGGCCCAAGAGAUCAUCAGGGAUAUUAAUAAGUUAACUACACAAUGUGGUGAUAUGGUUUGGAGAUUGGUAUCAAACAACUGGUACUCAGUUUUGAUUAAUGGUCAAUCUCAUGGCUUUUUUAAGUCAUCAAGGGGCUUGAAGAAAGGUGAUCCACUCUCUCCAACACUGUUCAUAAUAGCUACUGAGGUUUUGGCCAGAAAUUUGAAUGACUUGCAUGAUGAUCCAGCAUUCAAGGGCUAUGCUAUGCCAAAUUUCUUUGAGAAAGAUGAUGAAGGUGGAAGAAACUAUGAGAAAGUGUCAGGUCAGCUGGUAAACAAUGAGAAGAGCUCUUUCUGCUUGCAUGAGAAAGUCCCAGCAACUGUUGUUGGUAGAGUAAAAAUGAAGACUGAGAUGAGGAAAGGAACUUUUCCAUUUACAUACUUGGGAUAUCCAGUAUUCUAUGGAACAAGAAAGAUAGUGUAUUAUGAAGACUCUGCCAGUUUAUCUGUUACCUUCAAUGAAUCGAUUGAAGGGGUGAUUGAGCAGUUGCACAAGAUUUUUGCCAAAUUAUUUUGGAGUAAUACUACAGGAGUUAAAGGAAAACACUGGGUUGCAUGGGAGAAGAUGUGUUUACCAAAGGAGGAGGGAGGUCUUGCAUUCAGAUCUCUAUAUGAUAUCUCAAAAGCUCUUUUUGCAAAACUCUAG